UCUCGUUGGGUAAAAGGCCGGCAACCCUGUGAUGGGAUCACCUGGUGCCUCCCGAGGGACGGUGACUGAUGACACAGGGAGAAAUCUGUCCUUUGAGAUGGGUCGCAUUCCGAUGGUCUCUAUCUGCUUCUCUUGCACUCUGCUCCCCUGGUUGGCUGCCCUGUCGUCCCCACCAUUCUCUGUUAUCUCCAUUCCCAAAGCACAGCAGUGCUCUGUCCUGCUUGGCUGGGUAAGCCCACAUCCCUGAGGUGUCUCAGCGUUGCCUUCUGUUGAUGGAAGUUAACAUUCACGUGUGUUUGUCUGCUUCUUAGCUUUCUAUCUGUUGGCAGCUAACGAUGACAGAAGCAAUAAGAUUCCUCCUUUCUUCCAGUUUUGCUGCUCAGACACUUUGACAAGUUGCAUAGGUGACUUGAGGGAAGGGUUGCUGUAUGUGUUGCUGUGUGUGAUGGUGGCAGUUUGUCUGCAAAGUGCUAUGAAAGCGGGUUAUCUGCCUCGAGCUGCAUGUGUGAAACAUCCUCAGGGUCCUUUCUGCCCUUGUUCUCUCUGCUCUGCCAACAAGUGGGUAUCCUGGUUUAGUUCAUGUUGAUUACGUGGGUUGGGAGGGGAUGCGGCGUUACCCUUUGAUGCCUUGGAGCAUGUGAAAAAGGCUUCAUAGUGACAUUCCUCUUUCUUUUAGUUUAUUGUUUCUGCAGCAGGGAAUGGACUUUGUUAUUAUUGUUAUUCCUUAUUGGCAAUAGAUAAUCAAAGAUUACUUCAUCCUUUGUUUUCAGAGGAGGGUUUGAACAAACACAUUUCCAGUUGUGCAAUGGGUGGUUAGUACUUGUUGUUAGUUUGAGCUAAGCUCCUUGUGCUACUUAGCAAUGAAAUCAGUGGGACUUGUAAGCUCUGUGGGAAGGGAGAGGAGAGCACUCAUUGGCUUUGAAGUGGGAAUUGGGAAUGGGAAAGGUCCCUGUACGUGAGUGAUCUAUGAAAUGGCAGAGAAUGGAACAGAUUGUGACCAGAGACGCAUAGGAAUGAGCAAAGAACAGCACAAUGGGAGCUUCACAGAUUCUUCUUUGUUGAGUGAACGGAAGCGAAGGGACCGAGAAGAGAGGUUGAAUAUUGUCCUCUGGAGGCAACCACUUGUUACCUUGCAGUAUUUUUUCCUGGAAACUCUAAUAAACUUGAAGGAAUGGACCAUAAAAUUGUGGCAUCGGCGAAGUAUCCUGGUGUCUUUUUUACUGAUGCUUGCAGUGCUUACAGCUACGUAUUAUGUUGAAGGAAGACAUCAACAGUAUGUGCGGUACAUGGAGAAGAAGUUCUUCUGGUGUGCCUACUGGGUGGGAUUGGGCAUCCUGUCCUCUGUCGGACUUGGAACAGGUCUUCACACCUUUCUGCUCUAUUUGGGUCCACACAUAGCAUCAGUUACUCUUGCUGCCUAUGAAUGUAACUCAGUUAAUUUUCCUGAGCCUCCGUACCCGGAUCAGAUCAUCUGCCCUGACGAGGAGCUGAGCGGCGGAUCCAUCUCCCUGUGGGCGAUCAUCUCAAAAGUCAGGCUGGAGGCCUGCAUGUGGGGUGCUGGCACAGCCAUCGGAGAGCUGCCUCCGUAUUUUAUGGCGAGGGCAGCCCGGCUCUCUGGUGCUGAACCUGAUGAUGAAGAGUACCAGGAAUUUGAGGAGAUGCUGGAACAUGCAGAGACUGCACAAGAUUUUGCUUCCCGGGCUAAGCUGGCUGUCCAGAACCUGGUACAGAAAGUUGGGUUCUUCGGCAUUUUGGCCUGCGCCUCCAUUCCCAACCCUCUGUUUGACCUGGCCGGGAUAACAUGUGGACACUUUCUGGUUCCCUUCUGGACCUUCUUCGGGGCCACUCUGAUUGGGAAAGCAGUAAUUAAAAUGCACAUCCAGAAACUUUUCGUUAUUAUAACAUUCAGCAAACAUAUAGUGGAGCAGAUGGUGUCCCUCAUUGGUGCUAUUCCAAGUAUAGGUCCUUCUCUUCAGAAGCCAUUUCAAGAAUAUUUGGAAGCUCAGAGGAUAAAACUCCACCACAAACACGACGCCGGUGUGCCGCAGGGUGAAAACUGGCUGUCGUGGAUGUUUGAAAAAUUGGUGAUUGUCAUGGUUUGUUAUUUUAUCUUAUCCAUAAUCAACUCCAUGGCCCAAAGCUAUGCCAAAAGGCUGCAACAGAAGAUGUACUCCGAAGAGAAAACCAAAUGAGCUUGGAAAAAGGACUGGGAAUGGGCUUUAGCAGACACAAAAAGUGACGCUUCUUUCCAUACGUUUAAAAUUCAGCAUUAUUCAAAAUGGGGGAAAACUUUUUAACAUCAACUUUGAACUAAGGCAGGUUUUUAUUUUACUUUGAAAAUAAUCUGGCUAUUAGAACAGACGUUUCACUGACAACUUAGUGGUGUUAAGGUAAGGUAUGAAGGCUUUAUACGUCUGAGCUGUAUCAUAUGGCAUGGACAAGGUGAUGUUAAAUUGUGCUUAACACAGAUGUUGUCCAUCCGAAUUUACUUCCAAAACCAAUGGUUUAGUAUUUCCUGAUUUCAUUUCAGACUGACCUAAGGGUAACCUUUAUUUUGAAGGGCGGCUCUUUUGCUUUUUUACCUUAACUUUCAAAACCAUCAGGAUGUAUAUAAAUGAAUACAAAUUGGAUAAAAACUGUUGCAUGUCCCUCGUGGUAAGGUUAUUCCAUUUGAAUUCUCCGGUGUCCCAUUGCAUUGCACGUGCUCUCGGUUGGAAAAGCCGCCCUUUAAUCGUCACGAUGUUAGCAGAGAUGAUUGAUGUCAAAAUGCUGAAGCUGACAUUUUUUUAUUCUGUAUAUUUAGAAUGAAGUUAAGAUAAAACUUUAUAAAGUCAUCUUUGAUCAUUCCAGAA